GGUCUCGUCGCUCCCAAGCGGUACGAAAGCGACCACUUGCGACUUUAUUACAAACUGCAGCCGUUCUACAAUCCACUUCCCAAGAUGGCGGCCAUGUACCUACAGAAUCAGGGGUUUGAAGAGUAUGCGAGUGCCCGGCGACUGAGCGAGGAGGAGUCCCGUCAGGACCCGGAGACGGAGCCCUACAAGUCCAAGUACAAGGCACGGGAACUUCUGCUGCAGCUGGCAGAGGCUCUGCAGGGGUUUCAGGAUGAAUCACAAGCAGAGGAAAACAUCGAGUUGACCCUCCAGUUGGCAGAGCUGUGGUUCCAUCUCGGGGUGAACUUCAGCGAGACGGAGGAGGUUCCCACAGGUGAGCAGUACUUCUCCAGGUGUGCAGAACUCAUGCAGGGGCACAAGAUGGACCAGCGCUGCGUCAACACCUGCCUCAACUGUCUUAACCAGCUUGGCAUCCUGUGGGUCUCGCGAUCAGAACCGGAGAAAGCCCUGAAGAUUUUACAGGAAGCUGAGGACAUUUACAAAAUGUACAUGCACAACGUGGGACAACCCCCUCUACUACUACAUGAAUUGUUGUCUCCUGAGCAGACUGGCAGCCCCAAGUCUCGGCAGGCAGAGUUUGAGAAAACUCACACCCUGACCCUGUACUACCUCGCACAGACAUACCCCAAACUGGGCGACAACGAAAAGUCUGCAGCCUACUGUCACCUGACCCUCAGCCGCCAGCUGCAGUCAGGACACUUCCAGCCGAUCGACUGGGCGACAAACUGCGCCACGCUGUCACAGUACUACGUCACGCGCGACAACUUCACACAGGGGAGACAUUGUCUGGCCAGCGCAAGUUCCGUGUUGUCACAGGUACCCGAACCAUCUGAUGAGACAGAAGACGGAGAGAACGAGUCGGCACGGGAAAAACUGGAGCGUCGGAAGGCGGACAUCUCACGGUGCUGGCUGAAGUACUGCCUGGUUUUACUACAGGAGUCCAGGCAGGCUCUGAUGGAUGACAUCGGUGAGUUGGACAGGGCAAAGCAGACAGACCUGGCCAAGGGCGGGGCUGUUGCCGGGAGCAAGGGUAGCCAUAACGACGACAAACAAGAGAAGUCAGAGGAUCCGGAAAAGGCAGAAGGUGCUGAUGGGCCGGGCUGUCACCAUGGCGAUGAGAAGAGUCAGUUGAGAUUCGAGAGUCUUGAGCUGACAGCGCUAGAGGAUCAGGUUACUGACAAGAAGGUCACAGACUUUGAUCAGGCGCGUGCGGUGUUCCUGGUUGGGCAGAAGUACGUGAACGCAGCGAAAGAGUUUUACGUGUUGGACGGGCACGUAACGGACUUCGUGGAGAUCACCCAGGACUGGAGUCAGCUGUUCCGGGCGCUGUCGUUUUUUGAGCAGGAUUUCGAGCGUCGCUGUAAGAUGCACAAGCGUCGUGCAGACAUGCUGCAGUCCCUACUGUCGGAGCUGAACCAGCAGCACUACCUGCUGGUGUGCAGACAGAUCAUGUACGAGAUCGCUGAGAUCUUCAGCGAGAUGCUCGACCUCAAGGUCGCCAUCGCGGAGGCCGCAGACGAGAGACCGAAGGUCCACGCCGUCAAGAAGAUCAACUCACUGGCACAGCAGUCCAUCAGUCACUACCAGAUGUUCUUAGACUCCUUAAGAAAGGCUGAUAAGGAGAUGCCCAAGACGUUCUCAGAAGACACGCUGCGCCCUGCGCUGGUGGCGAACUUCUGUGUUGGCAGAUUAUACUCCAAGUUCCUGUCCUCUGAUCCCCAGGUGAAGCUGCAAAACAUGUCCAAAAGCCUGGACCAUUACCAGUUUGUGGUGGACUACUGCACCUCCCAUCCAGACAUUGCAGAAUUAGUUAAGAGCGAACUUGAGAUCUGCACAGAGAUGUCACAGCUACUGCCCAUACAGAUGGAGAAGAUUCGACUCACCUUGUCCUGAACUGACCUUGUCUUGAACUGACCUUGUUCUAAACCGACCUUAAAUGUUGUAUUGUUUCAUGUAUGAUGGAUGUAAUGUGGUACUAAGUACAUGCGAAGUCUACAUGUAUAAUGUGGCCCUACAUGUAUGGUAAUGUGGCCCUACAUGUAUGGUAAUGUAGCCCUACAUGUAUGGUAAUGUGGCCCUACAUGUAUGGUAAUGUCACCCUACAUGUAUGGUAAUGUGGCCCUACAUGUAUGGUGAUGUGGCCCUACAUGUGAAGGCUACAUAUCUGAUGUAAUAUGGCAAAACCUGUAUGGUAAUGUGGCCCUACAUGUAUGGUAAUGUGGCCCUUCAUGCAUAUGGGAAGGCUACAUAUAUGAUAUGCUGCUACAUGUAUGGUAAUGUGGUACAAGUAUGAUAUAAUGUUUCUGUGUAAAGCCCAGACCUGGAAUAAGUCAUUUCUUGCAAUCACUGUCUCAUUGUUGUGUACUAGUAAUAUGAAGGAAUAGAAUGAACACCUGCUUGCUGUCAAUACUUGCUGGUAGUUCUAAGUAGGUGUUCUCAAUGUCAUCUAAUGUUAUCGACUGGAAGAAACAGAUUUUAAAUCUAAUUAAAAAUGCUGCACCUA